GCAGGAAGGGAGCGCCCCGGCAAAGUAAAGUCCAAUGAAGAAAACAAAACCCAGAAGAUUCCAAAUAGGAAGAGCAUGAUUCCCCUAUCGGUAUUUCGUGGCAGUUAGAAUCAGAUGGUUAAGAGCUACAUACCAUUUUCAGAUGCUUUGCUCCAAAAGCCUUGAACUGGAUUCUUCCUCUUUCAACACUUGAAGAAAAAAUGGUCAUCUCCAUUGCCUUCUCGACGAACACCCACUUCCUAUCUUCUACAAUUUGCAGAUCAAUUUCUUCUCUCAGUCCGUCUCUCAAUGUUCUUUUCAACGCCAGGAGAGAUUGCAAUCGUGGGUUUCUCUCAAUUGGACCAUUCGACACCAAAUUGCCCACAACCAAAGCUGCAUUGUCCGAAAUUUCUUACCGCAAGCAGUACCCAAAAGUGGGUGCCAAGUCUAUUGGACCCAUUCCACCAGCCCACCUAAUUCAAGUCGUUGAGAAUGCUGCCAAGACUGGAGCCGAGGUGGUGAUGGAUGCUGUUAAUAAGCCUCGGAAUGUUGAAUAUAAAGGAUUGACAGACUUAGUAACCGAAACAGAUAAAAUGAGCGAGGCUGCUAUUCUGGAAGUCGUUAAAAAGAAUUUUAAAGAUCACCUCAUCCUUGGAGAAGAGGGAGGAGUUAUAGGAGAUUCAUCAUCUGAUUAUCUUUGGUGCAUUGAUCCUUUAGAUGGAACAACAAAUUUUGCACAUGGCUAUCCUUCCUUUGCAGUAUCUGUUGGAGUUUUGUAUCGGGGAAAUCCUGCUGCUGCAGCCGUGGUAGAGUUUGUUGGAGGUCCCAUGUGCUGGAACACUCGCAUAUUUACUGCAACGGCUGGUGGGGGAGCAUUCUGUAAUGGUCAAAAGAUUAAUGUGAGUCAAACUAGUCAGGUGGAACGGUCUCUUCUAGUUACAGGAUUUGGAUAUGAACAUGACGAUCCAUGGACUACAAAUAUGGAUUUAUUUAAAGAAUUCACAGAUGUUAGCAGGGGAGUGAGAAGGCUAGGUGCAGCAGCAGUCGACAUGAGCCAUGUAGCUCUAGGAAUUGUAGAAGCAUAUUGGGAGUAUCGCCUGAAGCCAUGGGAUAUGGCUGCCGGUGUUUUGAUAGUUGAAGAAGCGGGUGGAGCAGUGACUCGCAUGGAUGGUGGAAAGUUCAGUGUCUUUGAUAGAUCUGUUUUGGUAUCUAAUGGUGUUGUACAUGACAAGCUUUUGGAGAAAAUUGGUCCUGCAACAGAAAAACUAAAAAGCAAAGGAAUUGAGUUCUCAUUGUGGUAUAAGCCAGAAAACUACCAGACAGAUCUUUGAGUUAUUCCUCUCAAUUUCACUUCUCAAGUCUCCAAACAAUUGUUGUAAGUUACGUUUAGAUCUAAUCAUUUUCUCUUUUCGAACAAUAGUUUCAAAGUUCACUCUACUUAAGGUACACUUAUUUUCUUUUCAGGCUGUGAGAGUUUGACUGAGUGAGUUGUUGGGAUAAAUACAUACAUAAAUAUCUUCUUUAAAUUAUUUGUUCAUUUAGAAAAGUUGGGUAAAAAAAUCAUACAUUUCAAGGAAACACAUGAUUGAGAGUGAAGACUCGUGUUUAGUGGAAAAUAUAGUCAAUUCUCAAUUCUCAUAUCUUAGUCCAUUGCAUUUGACAUGUAUAUGUUCAUUACCAAGGCCUUGCUUCUUUUAAAGCCAAAAGGUUUCAUUGCAAUGAAUUCUUUUUAAUUUUU